UUUGCAUGAAUCCAUCCACGUGUCGUCACCCAUAAUCCCCCUGUUUUCUCCCAUUUGUUAACCUUUGCACCUUCGGGAGAAAAUAAUAACAAAUAAAAAAUCACUGCCAGCCAAUUUCAAUCUCAUUGGUUUUAUCGAGAAAAUCAAAACCCCAGGAAAAAAAACCCGGUGAGUAUGAUUCUCAAAACAACCUAGGCGCCAAAAGAUUGGAUUUCCUGAGAGAGAAACAGAGGUAGAUAGGCAGUUGAGAGACAAAAGGAGAGUUAAUGAUUCGUCGUAAGCUCCGAAAAUGCCCUGGAUCAAAGGCGGUUCCGGACCACCGUUGACCCGCUGUCGCUGUCUCGUUUGCCCUCAUCUUCUCUCUCUCCCUCUCACCGCUAUUAGUCUUCAUUUUUAAUUUUUUAGCUCCUUUUGUUGCUUUUAGGAAAUAGUAGUAAUACCCUUUUAUGUAAAAGAAGUGUUAUUGCUGUUCUCAGAGAUCUUAUGAAAAUUCUAGUAUAUUGUACGGGAAUAAACAAAAUCCAGAAACCAAAACCCUAGCUUUAUCUCUUUUGCACUUGAUUUUAACUAGUCUAAGCUUAGCUGAAUCCUGUGUUCUUGAUCAUGGCAUUUGAUCCCAACGCUAUACCAGAAGAUCUGAGACCGUUGAAUGUGGCUAGAACUAUAACUGAAGAGCCCCGCGUUGCUGCUACUGAUAAUGUCACUGGUAGAAACAUCAAAGGGUUUUUUCCCAACCCAUCUCGGGAGCCUGUAAGUCCUGGUACCAUGACUGUUUUUUAUCCAGCAACCAUGACUAAUGCUGGUUUUGUAGGUUUAGGGUAUGCCAAUGCAGUACCCUAGGCACCGGGCGCCCCUGCAUUGAGGCCUCUAAUGCCAAUGCCUGCGCCUAUGGCGCUUGGGCGCCCAAGUAUGAACCCUGUUGAUGGGUUUGGCUAUAAUCCCAAUUUGAGCAAUAUGGUUGUCGCUAAUGCUGUGGAUCAAGUUAGUAACGAUAUGGUGCCUGGGCAUGGUUCUAGUCCUAGUCUGGGCAAUAGAAGCAGUGGGGAUGGAAGUGAACAAGUGAGUAAUGAUGUUAAGCCAACAGGUUUUGGAUCAAGUUCCAAUAUUGGAAAUAGGGGCAGUGGCAGUGGAAAUGAUCAGUUGAAUAAUGAAUUAUUGGGUGGGCUUGCUCAUAAACCAAGUUUAGGACUCAGAAGCAAUGGCAGCGGGGCUGAUCAGGUGAGUGAUGAGGGUGGGGCUGAUUCGGUGUCAGGAAAAAAGGUUAAGAUUUUGUUUAGUUUCGGGGGGAAGAUAUUGCCUAGACCUAGUGAUGGGGUGUUGAGAUAUGUUGGGGGGCAGACAAGGAUUAUCAGGCUCAGGAGAGAUGUGAGCUUUAAUGAGUUUGUGCAAAAGAUGGUAGAUGCUUAUGGGCAACCUGUGGUUAUUAAGUGCCAGCUUCCUGAUGAGGAUCUCGAUUCAUUGGUAUCUAUUUCAUCCCUGGAUGAUCUUGACAAUAUGAUGGAUGAGUACGACAAAGUGGUUGAAAGGUCUUCAGAUGGGUCAGCUAAAUUAAGGGUAUUUUUGUUUUCGGCUUCGGAGUUUGAUCCUUCUGGUAUGGUUCAAUUUGGGGAUUUAAUUGACAAUGGGCAGAAAUAUGUUGAGGCAGUGAAUAGAAUUGUGGAAGGAUCGGCUGGUAGCAUUAUUCAGAAGGAGAGCUUAGCAAGUUUGGCUUCCACACGGAAUUCUAAUUUUAGUGGGAGUGAGGUUGUUCAUACAGUUGGUGUAAGCCAGGGGGAUGUUAGUGGGGCUCCAUCAACAAGCAUGUUGUCACCCAGAGGGAAUUCAGCUACUUCUGUUGAUACUGGUCCAAAAAUAAUGGUUGUGGAUCCUAAUCCGGCUGUUUAUGCAGAUUAUUCUGCUGUUCAUUUAGGAAUUCCAAUGAUUAAGUCUGCUCCUCCUCAAACAUUGUCUUCUGAACCUGAGGUUGAGUCCACACCUCAACAAGUGAGAUAUGAUAUGCCACAACAUUAUGGAUCUACGCAUAUUGUUUCUGGCCAUGAUGUUAUAAAUCGUUCUGAUUAUGUGCAUCUUACACCUCAAAUGGGGUACUCAAAUCCUACGUUGGUGGGCAACACUGAUUCUAUAUUCGGCCAACAACAUUUCUGUGAUAAUGUUGCCUCUCAUCAGUUGAUUCCUGCUAUGCACAAGACAAUGACUCCCUCCACUUCCCAUGUUGGUAUUAGACCAACUGUAGUUCAGCUACAACAAGCAAUUAUUCAUGAGAAAAUUCCAAGGCUAGAAGACUGUUGUAUGUGUCAGAAGGCUUUACCUCAUGCCCAUUCUGAUCCUUUGGUGAAGGAUGAAAGAAAUAUCAGUGCAACACCUUUAGUAAAUAUAAACUCAAAUUGUCAAAGUCUGCGUCCAGAAGAUGUGCGUCUAGAAGAUGGUAUGAAGUUUUCAUCAGCAAACAAAGUUGUGACUGGAGCAUUAGGGGAUAACAUUGUACAGCGUGCUCACAUUGACCAUCAAAUUGGAAGACUUCAGUCAGAUGCACUUGGAUUCUCUCAAGGUAUUGACAUACAAAAUGAACUUGAAAAAAAUAUUAACUCGAGAACUGAUAAUUCUGAGCAUCCUAGGUUUCCAUUAAGUCAGGGUUUUAUAGCAGGUGAGUUACAAUCACAAUAUGUUUUGCCGUCUCAAUACUUGCUUAAACAGGAGGUUCCAUAUACUGGGGCAAUUGGCGUUCAUGCUUCAGAGCAGCCAGUGCCUGAAGCCUCAAGAGAAUACCAUGGCAAUAUUCAUACUAUCCCCAAACAAGAUAAUGUAGACCCAAACCCUCUAAUCCCAGUUGAUGGGAUAUUGGAGUCACUAAAGAUAAUCAGUGAGCAGGGUAAUUCAUCUGUUUACAAAACCAGAAAAGAUGUCUUGGAUGAAAGAUCUCCACAAGUAGCAGGGAGAGAGGUGCUUUUGGACAGUAUCUUUAGCAAACAAAUAGACUCUAAUGAUAUGGGUAUUUUGGAUAAUGUAAUAACACAUUCACAACCAAAAGUUGGAGCGCAAAAUUUUGAUUCAGUUGAAGUUCAAUAUGGGAACCCUCCAUUUUCCGGUCUUCAAUCGGCACAUAAAUUAGAUAAUGUCCCGUGGAUGCAACAGAAGAUUGUUCUGAAUGAUACAGAAGAUACUCCUUUGAAUGCCAACACCCAAACUUCUUUUUCAAACUCCGGUAGAGGGGAAGAUGUUUUGGAUUCUGUGAAUUCACUCUUUAGUAAUCAAGAUCCUUGGAAAUUACAGCAAUAUGCUCACUUUCCUCCUAGACCUAACAAGAUUCAAACACAGAGAGAGGGAUUAGCUACCAUAGACCCUUUUGAAGAGAACGAGUCAGUAAUCAGUGGUGAAUCUAAAGCCCAACUGCAAGAUGAAGUUUACCUGCCAUUAAAUCAUUUGAACAAGGAUUUCAUUUCAGACCACACACAGUCCACACAAGGCUCAGCUGAGGAACUAAUAAAGAAAGAACUACAAGCUAAUGCUGAGGGAGUCGCUGCUUCUGUUUUCCAGUCAUCUACCCCUUCCAAUCCUGACAUACCAGCAGCAACUGACAAAUCUGGUUUUAAAGGCGAUCAAGAGACAAAUGUUUCAACUAGAAACAUUGAAAUGCAGCAUAAAGCUAAAUUUGAGGAAAUCAAAACCAAACAACCAGACAGCAAAAAAAUUGGUUUUCGAGUUUCAGAUGGCAUUGGUUGCUUGCAGAUUAUAAAAAACAUUGACCUUGAAGAACUUCAAGAGCUUGGUUCUGGGACCUUUGGUACUGUUUAUCAUGGGAAGUGGCGGGGUACUGAUGUUGCAAUCAAACGGAUCAAUGAUAGAUGUUUUGCAGGGAAACCUUCUGAACAGGAACUGAUGAUUGAUGAUUUUUGGAACGAGGCAAUUAAGCUUGCUGACUUGCAUCAUCCCAAUGUUGUGGCUUUCUAUGGUGUUGUUCUCGAUGGUCCUGGUGGCUCUGUGGCAACAGUGACAGAAUAUAUGGUGAAUGGUUCUUUAAGGACUGCUUUACAAAAGAAUGAGAGGAAUCUUGACAAGCGUAAACAACUUUUGAUUGCCAUGGAUGUGGCUUUUGGAAUGGAGUAUUUGCAUGGAAAGAAUAUAGUGCACUUUGAUUUGAAGAGUGACAAUUUACUUGUCAAUCUUCGAGACCCCCAUCGCCCGAUAUGCAAGGUUGGUGAUUUGGGCCUAUCCAAGGUGAAAUGUCAAACUCUGAUCGCAGGUGGUGUCCGUGGAACCCUUCCGUGGAUGGCACCAGAACUUCUGAAUGGCAGCAGCAAUCUUGUCUCAGAAAAGGUGGAUGUGUUCUCAUUCGGUAUUGUUAUGUGGGAGCUUCUCACUGGAGAAGAACCAUAUUCAGACUUACAUUAUGGGGCUAUUAUUGGUGGCAUUGUAAGUAAUACGCUAAGGCCACCGGUUCCAGAAUGCUGUGACCCGGAAUGGAGAUCAUUGAUGGAGAGAUGCUGGUCAUCUGAGCCAUCAGAGAGACCGAACUUCACCGAGAUAGCAAAUGAGUUGCGCUCCAUUGCAGCAAAAAUACAAUCAAAGGGACAAAACCCACAAAAAUAAGCAGAAAACACUCUGGUUUCAAAUAUGAUUUCGGAGAACCUGCUUAAUGUUGACAUCUCUUGUUUACUGUGCAUUUACAGGCAGUUGGAGUAAUAAUAGGUGGUCGUAAAUGUGCCGCUGCUUGGCGUGAACGUACACAGCAGAGAGAGAGAGAGAGAGAGAGAGGAAGGGAACUAAGUUUAUU